AUGGAGACAAAAUUGGUCCAAGCAUUCCAGGAUCUAGGUGUUACUCCCAGGUGUGAUAGCGCUGAGGACUUCAAGCAGUGGAUGGCUGGAUAUGUGAAGCAGCUAGGUGAGGUUAAAGAUGAGAAGAAGGAUGUUGAGCGCCUAAUCGUUACCCAGAAUGCCAGAUUACCACCAUUCAGCGGAGAUCCUACAGUGAAGGGGGAGACAACCUACGAUCUUUGGCGUUAUGAAGUGGAAUGUUUGAGGAAGGACAAGACUAUCACACCUGAGGCAUUAGGACAGCUAGUUAGAAGAUCCCUUAGAGGUAAUGCUGGUAAGGUGGCCAUGCGACUCGGCACAGAUGCUUCUAUUGCUGAUUUACUAAGACAGGUGGAGUGUAAUUAUGGUGUCGUUGAGGAUCAGGAGGCUCUGAUGGGCAAGUUUUACAAUGCCAGACAAGAAGAGACUGAGGAUGUUGCAACAUGGGGAUAUCGUCUCGAGGACUUGCUGACGAAGGCUACUAGGAUGGAGCCACUUCCUACAGUUAGACGUAACCAGAUGUUACACAGCAGGAUCUGGAAAGGUCUUAGACCUAAUUUGAAGGAUCGUUCCGCAGCAAAGUAUGACCUGUGUGCUGUCUACGAAGACUUCAAAGUGGAAUUGAGGAGGAUAGAGUCAGAGGUGAAUGCAGAUAAGAGGAAGAUGGCUACUGUCAAGGUGGCUUGUGGUGAUAUGCCUUCUCCCGAUGAUCAACGAUAUGAGAAGUUGGAAGGAAUGAUAAAACAACUUACCUCAGAAGUCCGGGUGUUGAAGUCCAGCAACAGUAAGCCACCGAAACCCAAGCCUCAACAGCAUCAGCAUCAACAGCAGCAACACAAGCAGCAACAGAGACAGAAUUUCCCGCAACAAGACUUCCAGGGAGAUGCUGCAGAAGGAUAUACAGAUGAACCUGAGUGCUAG